UUCGUUAUUAAAGUUUACAACCUAUAAUAACAAUGAGUGAUACUAUUCGUCAGUUGGGUUUAGGUCUACUUGUUCUACUUGGUUGCUUACAGUUGCCAAUGGUUUCAGGUUUAGAUACCGCCGCGCUGGGCAAAGUAGCUGAAGUAUGUGUCAAGGAAUCGGGCAUUAGUCCAGAGGAAAAAAAAGUUUUAUUGGCCGAUGAAAUGGAGAAAAUUGACGAAAAGGAUUUCUCCCACAACAUGAGAUGUUUCCAGCUAUGCUUCUAUAAACAACUUGGCAUUAUUGAUGCCAAUGGUGAUCCAAUAGUUGAACCAUUUAUUAAAUUCAUGGAAUCAAGAUUUACCGAUAAAAAGGACAAGGUAAAGCCAGCCAUAGCCAAGUGCCGAGCAAUUACCGAUGCAGAUCCUUGUGAGCAUGUUUUCAAAUUUGAAGUAUGCAUGGCUCAUGCCAUAGAGGGCAAUUAAUAAGAAAUGGGUGAAAGAUAUAAAAAAUAUAUAUGUUAAUAUUUUAUAGAAAUUUUCCUAUGUAAAUAAUAAUAAAAAUAUGUUUAAUUACCCCUUGAGAAA